CUGCCCUGCCCGGCCUGCCGCUGCCCCUUCUCCACCCCGUCCUUGCUCUCCAGGCCUCGUCCUUUCUCUCCAAGCCCUCUCCCGUCUAAUGCAUCCUCCCUUCCCUCUCUCCAGUCCCUUCCGUGUUGCUCACCCCGCUUUCCUCCAUCUCCAGCCCCUCUUUGCUCUCCACCCGCCCUUGCUCUCGGUCCCCCCGCUGUUGUUCUCCAGCCUCUUCCUUUCCCUCCAGCCCCCUUACUCGAUAUCCACCGCUCCCUCCUUGUUCACCAGCCUCCUUUCCUAGUUCUCCAUCGCCCUCCUUCCCCUCCAGGCCCUCCAUUUUUGUUCUUCACUCCCUGCUUUUCCCUUCAGGCCCCCCUCCUUAUUCUCCCCCUACUCUCCAGCACCCAUUUGUUGUUCUCCAUCCCCGUUCCUUGUUCCCCAGUCCCCCUUCCUUUCUCUUCAGCCCCCUUUCCUUUCUCUCCAUCCCCUUUCCUUGCUCUGCACCCCCUGAUUUUCUUGCUUUCCACCCUCCCUCCUUGUUCCCCAGUCCCUUCUUUUCCAGCCCAGGACAGAGUUGGGCUGGGAUCCAGGGGCAGCCCCGGCUGCUCUGGGAAUUCCAUCCCAGCCCCUGCCCACCCUGCCAGGGAACAAUUCCUCAUUGCCCAGAUCCCAUCCAACCCUGCCCUCUGGCAGUCUAAAACCAUUGCUCCUUGUCUUGGCACUCUCUGCCCAUAUAAAAAGUCCCUCUCCCUCCUUUUUAGCACUGGAAGGGGCUUUAAGGUCUCCCUGGAAUUGUCCCUUCUCCAGGCUGGACAAUCCCAAUUCUCCAGCCUGUUUCCAGAGCUGAGGGCUUCCAGUUGUGGGAUCAUCUUUGUGAUCCCUGGUGAUGCCAUGGUGGAAGAGUCUGAUGUGCCCCUGGCAUUUCUGACUUUGGAGUAUGUGAGGAGCUACCGGAGGAAUCACUCAUCUUUUAACUUCUGCUUUGGCAGAUGUUCCUGCCCUGCCCUGUGCCUCCAGGAGUGUAACCCCCCCAGUCCUGGGCACCCCACAGCUGAGAUGGUGGCCUUUAACUGGAAGGCUCUGGAGAACUUCCCACUGCUGAUGUACAUUUUGGCAGCUAAAACACUGAUCCUUUGCUUGGCCUUUGCUGGAGUCAAAAUGUACCAGAGCAAGAAAAUUGAGGAGAAACUGAAGAGGGAACGUGAGGAGAAACUGAAAGCAGAAGGAGAGAAGAAGGAUGAGUGAAGAGUGCUUCAGGUUCCUGACACUUGGAAUGCCUUCCCAGGAGGAUGAAGCCUUCCUGGAAAAGAAGGAUGGGUAACCUCAGAGUGACACUUAAAUUAUCUCUGUUUUUAUAUGUACAGCAAAGCAGCUGAGCCUCUAUUUAUGCAAUAAAAAAAAAAGUCUUUGUUUAAAAAAUAAA